GCUUAAAUUACUGUUAACUUGUCCUUUCAUGAGUAUUGUCGUGAGGUCGUGAGGUGGCUUAAAACGUGGAUUACAUCAUAUUUAUCGUGUAAAAGUAUAACAUACAAACCGUCUCACUUGUUGGAUAAGAAAUUUAACGUAGAAGUAAAAAAAACCUGCGAAUGAUGGGGCUUAUCUCGAACUGUCGUCAGCUUUAUGCGACUUUGGCAGCAGUAUUUUUUAUCACAUUUCCUUUGUUAGAGGUGAAAUGUGCUAGCAUUGAGAAAAAAUAUCCCGCGGCUAAAGUUGAUAAGGAAACCAUCUUUAUAACCAUAUGGGAUUUCAAUCACUUGAGUCAAUCAGGUCAGCUCCAACUUCGUGCGUUUGGCGAAGAUCUGAGUCUAAUAUUAAGAAGAACCAACCAUCUUACAACACCGCUCGCCCAAAUUGUACGCCGUCACGAUGGAGAGACGGUGUCUCAAAAGAAGCUUGGACUUUAUUAUUCAGGCUAUAUUUCACAAAAAUCGGGAUCAAGUGUUACAUUGAAUGUUGCAAAUGGGACUUUGUCUGGUAUCCUAUUCGUCCCCGGUUUCAUUAUGAAUAUUCAUCCUUUGAAUGAUGGCAAUCUUCAUGUUAUUACUCGUGAAAAACACGAGAAUGCUACUCUUGGAACUGAAUCACCCUUCUUCACUAGCUUUCUUCGCUCGAAACGUACUAAACGGUUUGCAUCAAGUACACGAUAUGUUGAGUUGAUGAUUGUCGCUGACCGGUAUACAACGGAAGCUUUUGGUAAUUUAACGGAAAAUUAUCUUAUGUCAGUUGCAUAUCUUCUAAACGCUGUAAUGCAAGACAGUUCUAUUGGAACGACGAAAUUUAUCUACAAGGUUGUAAAAAUCAUGGUUAUAUCGGGAUAUGAGAAAGGUUUGGACUUAACGGAGAACAAUGUUGAAAGCUCAGCUUCCUACCUCAAUCUAUUUGCCACGUUUACAAAGAACUUUAAUCCCAAAAGUGACGAUGAUCCACUACAUUUUGAUCAAGCUAUAUUGAUUACAAAGAAAGUUUGCGGGCUCGCUACCUCUUGCCAAGAUAACGGACGCGGUUAUUUGGGUACUAUGUGUCAUCCAACACACUCUGUUGUUACUUCAAUUGCCGCUGGCUUCAGUGCCGGUCUUUCUGCUGCACAUGAAAGUGGACACACUUUGGGUGUAUAUCACGACUCGGGUGUUUGUGCUACUGGUGGUUAUAUAAUGAAUGAGGUUCUAUCUUCGGGAAGUAAUGCUUUUCGGUGGUCACCAUGCAGUAGAAAAACUCUUGAAGCCUCGUUCAGUGAUAGAAAUAAAUUUUCAUGUUUGAACGACAAGCCUGCUGGCAUCGAUUUGAAGGAGGAAGUCAGUGUUCUUAAUCUAGGAAGGAAUUACUCUGGAGAUGAACAGUGUCGCUUGAUGUAUGAUAGAAGCUUUUCACAUUGCUACGCACUAAGGAGCAACUGUAAAACUCUUCUUUGUCAGCAACCUGGUAAAAGUUUCUGUAUACAUCGUUUAUCUCCACCUUUAGAAGGGACUGAGUGUGGAACAUACAAGUGGUGUAGAAAUGGUGAAUGUGUUGAUCGGCCAAUUCCUGCUCCCAUAGACGGUCAAUGGGGCUCCUGGUCAGAGACUUUUUCUAACUGCACAACAUCUUGUGGAAUGGGAGUGCGCUACAGGACCCGAGCAUGUGAUUCACCAAAACCGCAAUAUUUUGGUAAGAAUUGUGUUGGUGAUAGUAAGGGACAUUAUGAGACGUGUAAUACUCAAGAUUGCCCUGGAACUCCUAGUUUUCGUCGGAAACAAUGUCAAGAUCAUAAUCCAUCCUUCGUUGAUUAUUUUGAUGAAAGACGUGAAAGAUGUCUGUGUCAUGGGAAAUGUAAGAAAGUCGGCUGCGAUCGGACGUUUGAUCGUAAAUUUUACGACCGUUGUCGAGUAUGUUCUGGAAAUGGGUCAACGUGUCACUUAAUUAAAUCAUCUUACAAAAAACGGUUUUAUGGAGGUGCUGGGGCUUCCGACGUUAUGUUCAUUUUACCUGCAGGCUCAGUUAAUGUUCGUAUCCACGAGCCCAAACCAACCUACAACAAUAUAGGUUUGAAAGAUCAAAAGGAUAAUUGGAUUAUUGAUUCCAACACUAGGACAAGUACUCUCUACUUUGCUGGAUCUCGUAUUAUGUUUGAACGACCCGGUUCUCUCUCAGCUGAGAAAAUUGAUAUAAUUGGGCCGACCACUGAACCCCUCAAAGUCAUGUUCAUUUACUGGUACGAAUUAAACGAAGGUAUUCCUUAUGAAUAUUACCAACCGUUGACCACAACAGAUUCAAUACAUCGGGAGCGUGCUGUUUCGUUUGUCUGGAAUCAUACUCUAAGCAAAUGCAGCGAAAAAUGUGCUGGAGGUGUGAAGACAAAGAUAACGACGUGUCAUCGAAGUGAUGAUUACAGCGAAGUUGGAUUAAAAUAUUGCGAUCCAGCAACAGAACCAAAUGGUACCAUCGUAUGCAACACACAACCAUGUCAACCUAGUUGGCAGUACGAUAUGUGGAGUGUAUGUAAUGUAUCAUGUGGUCCAGGUGGUGUACGCUCUAGAAAAGUUGAGUGUCGUCAAAAUGUUAGUAGUCAAGUUUCUCGUGUAGUGGCUGACAAUUUAUGUACUGGGAACAAGCCUGCUUCUUCUGAGGCUUGUAAUCUCAAAGACUGCCUACCGGAAUGGGUUCCUUCUAAUUGGUCUGCGUGUUCCAAUGAAAAAUGUGAAGGAAUUCAAUCAAGAUUGCUAACUUGCAAACAAGUGUUUAAAACUGGACUAAUCUCAGUUCGUGAUGACGCAGAUUGUCCUAGGGUUAAGCCUAUAACUGAGAUUAUUUGUAAUUCUGGAGUAUCGUGUUUUGAAUGGAAGUUCGUAUAUCCUAAUUGCACAGAAUGUCGAGGGCAUUACACUGGUGGCUUACGUAAUUCAAAAACUACUCAAUACAAAUCAGUAGGCUGUUAUCGAAUAAAGUCAAAACCAUUUGGACCGAUGUUGUCUAAACUUGUGUUAAACACGCGCGACAAAGUGAAGACUGUUGCUGAGUGCGCUCGUCUUGCGUGGAAUCGUGCAAGGCGCGUGUUUGCUUUGGGGGGAAAUGGUGAAUGCUACGGUUCAAUGGACGGUCAUCGAGUGUACCAUAAAGAUGGUGCAAGCUCUGAUUGUGUCGACAAUUUGAUUGGUGGACCUAAUUCGGCUUAUGUAUUUGCUUUGACUGGAAAGGUCUUGCUGUCCACGCCAAUGUGUAAAAACAUUGAAAAUAACACAAAUGCUGAUAUCUCAAACUGUCAAAGUGAUAAACCACCUCCGGAAAUGAAAGUUUGCUGUGAAGAUACUUGCAAAGAUCAGUGUUUUCGCACAGUUAAUGGGUCCUAUUGUUCUAUACCAUUUGUAUAUCGCGGUAAAAAGUAUUACGAAUGCAUACUGAAUGAAAAUGGUCUUAAGUGGUGCGCGACAACUUCUAAUUAUGAUGUGGAUGGUAUUGGAGAAAAUUGUGAAGAACCAUGUCGCUCACGAACGGCUAAUGGCAAAUGCUGCUCCUUUCCUUUCAUCUAUCAAGGACAACUGUAUAACUCCUGUAUAACUACUGCUGGUUCUACGCGUGCGUGGUGUGCUCUUACCUCGAAUUAUGAUCGCGACCGUUUAAGGGGAAAUUGUACGUAAUGUAAAUGAUUGGAUGGGACAUAAAAUUAUGUAUCAAGCACUUUAUUAGGAUUUGUUGGUUUUAUUGGCCAUAUAUCAAUUCUUAAAUUGCCUUAAAUUAAUCGGAAUUAUGAAAAUAUUUGAGUGCCAUGGCAUGAAUCACUGCCGCACUGCGAAUCAUUAAAUUUAACUAUGUAAUUUAUAAACAUUUAAUUAUGUAAUUUAUAAAUAUUUAAGUUGCAUAUCUCGAAGGAAAAUUUUUCAUAAGAUUGUGUUAGUUGUUUAUAUCAUUUUACAAUUUUUAAAGUGUUAGUGAAAAUCGUAAAAUAGAAAAUUAUGAUAAAGUGACAGUUCUUAA